CUGUGUGUGUGUGCAGGGCUCUCGUGUUCUGCAGAGGAGCAUUCCAGCUUGGUUCCUCGUGCUGGAGAUGUGUCGAGGCUGUCCAGCUGCAGUUUGCAGUGCUGUGUGACUUGAGAGUUUGGGGUGCUGCUGUUCUCCUUUUAUUUUGGAUAAACCACACGAACAGGGCUUCUUGUGGUGAUACCCAGUGUAAGCCUUGUGUUCUCCUGCCUUCCACACAGCUUUUAAUCUAAAAGCUCUUGAGCUGGAGCUGUCAGACUGCUGUCACCAGUUCUGUUUCCUUCUGCUCCUGGGAACUCAGGAAUGGAGACUUCAAGACUUUUCACUGUCCCCUACAACCACUCCAGGCUUCAAAAGCCACUUCUUUUGUCCCAGUGUAGUUUCAUCUCAUGUUGCCUGUGAGUAUCCUGGCAUGAUGAGGGAGGGAGCUGUUUGAUGCUGCUGUUCUUAUUUUGGGAUAUAGAGCUGAGAGCUCCUCUCUCCCAUUAAGUAAAAGAGCAUCUUUGGAGCUGAGUGUUUUGCUGAGCAGUGCUCAGGGCCAUAGGGACCCCUUUAGGCUGCUGUAAUUCAGCUUAAAGAGGUGAUUGUGAACACAGGCACAGGCCACCAAAAUGCUCUGCAGAGCCUGUGGUGUCUCCCUGAGUAAGAAUAUGUCUCAGCUCAGGGAUCUGGAGUUCCUUGUGUUAGACCACCUCAGGUUAUGUAUAAAAAGCUCACUGUGGUGUGGUUCUCCCUCAUUUUUUGCUGGAGGGAGGACUGUGAUAUCAGCCUUCCUAAAGUCACUCCCUAAGGCUUCUCUGAUCCUCAUCCUGCAGUUCCUGCAGAGGUCCAGGUUCUCCGCUGGCUUCACUCGUAGAGAUGAGGACUCGUGAGUUAGAAAUGGUGAGAAAAUCCACCUUGAGCUUUGUGACUGUCUCCUCCUUUGGUUUUCCUAAUUAUAAAUUAAGUGGGGAUAAUCUGUCUUCGUGUUGCAGGCAGUGUUGCAGAACAAUAAGCAAAAGCCUCGAUCUCUUCCAGUCUGGGCAGUCACUGGGCAGUGAUCAGGUCUGUUUUCAGUUACUUGUCCUACAUUUCCUGGUUUCUUGUGUAUCUGUAUCAAUGUGUGUAUGUGCACUUUAGGAACCACGGAGCAGGAGUUGAGCUGGACACCAGGAGGAGUAGAGGAGGUGCGUAAGAAAAAAACAGAUCCUAGAUCUUGGAGAUCGGAAUAACCUGGUGGGAGAAAGGUUAAGGGCUAAAAACUCUCCAGGUUUCCUGAAGUCUGAGCAAUUAUUUAGGUCUUACCAGAGUCUCUGAAGAAGAGAAGGCUGUGGGGCUUAUGUGAAACAAGGCUUACCUGUAGUAUUGGGAGGGAACAUCAGAAAAACUAGUAGGGACUGCCCGUUGGAGACACUGGGAAGAAUCUCCAAGAAGAAAGAGUUAGCAGGAAUCUCGAUUCUCCAGCAGACAAGACCAAGGAGCCACCAGCUGCUUGGCCACAGGCCUUUUGGUGCUUUGGAAAGCCCCAAAUUUGAGAUUAUCUCCCUCAAAUUUUUGGUUAUCUCCUGGCAGAAGCAGAGGUAACACACCCAGGGCUCUGAAUCUCAGGAGGAAACUGGUUAGAAAUGUAUCCCUUUCCUGCUGAUGCUGUUAAACCAGCAUAUGAGGAGCAUUAGCUUCACAAGAGACAGAGUGAGUUAGUAAGGAAUGCAAAAAUGUACCCUCCGCAGGUGCUACAGCCGCGUGAAGGAGCACGGCGUGGGGAAGAGGAAAAGCAGCUACACGUUUGAGCAGCUGGAGCAGGUGUUUGGGCAGGGAGGAUGGGACUCCCAGCCCUGCCAACCUGUCCUCAUCAACAGCAGCGGCUUGUACCAGGAGCUGGAGUCGGAUGGCAGCACGAUGGAGGAGUAUUCCCAGGAGGACUGGGGAAACCACAGUCAGGACCUUCACUGCUACCAGACUGGCGAGCAGGAAUUGGAUGAAAUGCCUACCACAAAAAGAACAUUAAAGAUAAAACAGGAGUCUUCAGAAGACGCGCAGAAGCGUGACGUCAUGCAGAACAUUAUGCAAAUCUUGGAGUCAGUCCAGUUGAAGUGGGAGCUGUUUCAGAGCUGGACGGACUUCUCCAGGCUCCAUCUUUCUAACAAACUGGCCAUUUUUGGCAUCGGGUACAACACCCGCUGGAAGGAGGAUAUCCGUUACCACUACGCAGAGAUCAGCUCCCAGGUCCCCCUCGGCAAGCGGCUCCGGGAAUACUUCAACUCGGAAAAACCGGAGGGUCGGGUGAUCAUGACCCGAGUGCAGAAAAUGAACUGGAAAAACGUUUACUACAAAUUCCUGGAGAUCACCAUCAGCGAAGCCCGAUGCUUGGAGCUGCACAUGGAGAUCGACUGGAUUCCCAUCGCUCACUCCAAACCCACCGGGGGGAACGUGGUGCAGUAUUUAUUGCCGGGAGGGAUCCCCAAAAGCCCUGGCCUGUAUGCCAUCGGAUACGAGGAGUGCCACGAGAAACCCCCCUCCCCGCUGGCCGAGCACCGGGCGCCUGACCCCGGCAAUGAGACUCCAGGGGAGCUGGAGGUCCCUUCUCCACAGGCCUCCCUCCGGGUGGAUAUGGAAUCCGCCCGGAUUAUCUAUUGUUACCUUGGCAUCGCUGAGGUCCGGACUCUCCAGCAGUGCCUGUUUUUACACUUCCAGGCAAACACCAAAACCUUCAGCAAAGAUUGGGUCGGGAUCAACGCCUUUUUAUCUCAGAACUGCGUCGUAGAGCCCGGCGUCUCGCCCAAAUCCAUCUACAUCAAAUUUGUGGAAGUGGAGAGGGAUUUUCUGUCCGCCGGCUCUUUGGUAGAGUGCCUGGAAAAAGCCAUCGGGUACCCCUUAAAAUUUAACAACUGAGUCUCGUCCUUCAUAAGGAUCAGGGCUUUUCCGCCCCAUUUUCCAUCUCACUCGGAUCCUGUCCGUUCACAGCCGGGCGCGUCGGACUUUGCCGGGA